UACGGACAUUGUUUUACUGAACGCUCCAAUGUGUCAUCAUACAAUGCUAUCAGUUAGCUUGUUUCACAGACUUGUUCUAAAGUAAUUUAGGACGUAGUUUAGUUUUUGUCAGCACAGUUAAUCUAUUAUUUAGAUUUGAAGAGAGGUGACUUCUUACAUUCACACUGUCUCGAGAGCAGUGCUGUUGCGCAUGUCCGUUAGCUAAGCGCUAACUGCCACAGUGACAUCAAGAAACUUACAUGCUUCUGCCACCACUGUCAUACAUAGACAGCCGAUUAUCUGGGGGUCCAGGAGACUGGCACAGCCUUUCCUGUCAGACAACAUGGAGCUCCAGGCAGUGCUAAUGGCGGCCGGGGGUGGCUCACGUAUGACGGAUCUGACAUACAACACUCCCAAACCCAUGCUACCUGUUGGCAACAAACCACUGAUGUGGUAUCCCCUGAACCUGCUUGAGAGAGUGGGAUUUGAAGAGGUUAUAGUAAUCACCACCAAAGACGUCCAGAAGAUGAUGAGCACAGAGCCUAAAAUGAAGCGGGACAUAAAGAUGAAAAUGGAGGUUGUUUGUGUCCCGGAGGAUGGAGACAUGGGCACUGCUGAUGCUCUCAGACACAUUCAGCAGAAGAUCAAGACUGACAUCCUGGUGGUGAGUUGUGACCUUAUAACCGACGUGGCUCUUCAUGAGGUGGUCGACCUAUUUAGAGCCCACAAUGCAACACUGGCCAUGUUAAUGAGCAAAGCCCAUGAGUUCACAGAGACGGUGCCAGGCCAGAAAGGGAAAAAAAAGACAGCUGAGCAGAGAGACUUCGUUGGUGUGGAUCAGUCAGGGAAGAGGCUGCUCUUUAUGGCCAAUGAAGCGGAUCUGGAAGAUGGGCUGUCAGUGAGGAAGUCUGUCAUAAGAAAACAUCCCAGGAUGCACAUCAAAACAGGCCUGGUGGAUGCUCACCUCUACUGUCUGAAGAAAGCAGUUGUUGACUUUCUCACAGAAAACAAGUCCAUUUCAUCAAUCCGUGGAGAAUUAGUACCGUAUUUAGUUCGUAAACAAUUUUCCAGAACCACUGACAGUCAGAAGGUGAAAGAAGAUUCUGAGGAUCAGACCCCGAAGAAGAAUGACAGCUCUACAAACCAUGAGCUCCUCAUCUCAUCGCGGGACGAGCCUCUGCUCCAGCUGGCCCAAGAGAGGUCCUGUUGGAAUGACCACCGCGGUGACAUGAGUGAGGCUUACCAUGGAGGAAAGCUUCGCUGCUAUGUUCACAUUAUGGACCAGGGCCUGUGUUACCGUGUUAACACUCUCGCUGCUUACAUAGAGGCAAACAGACAGGCCCCGAAGCUGUUUGAGGAGCCACCAGUUCACCCAUCUGCUUCCAUUUCUGAGAGAUGUCAGGUGGGAUCAGACAGCAUCAUUGGACCUCAGUGCCAAAUAGCAGAUAAGACUUCCAUAAAAAGAUCAACCAUUGGAAACUCCAGCACAGUGAAAGAGAAGGUCAAAGUCACUAACUCCAUUGUCAUGCAUGGGGUUACCAUAGAGGAGGGAUGCAACAUCCAAGGCAGCGUAAUCUGCAGUAAUGCAAUCAUUGGCAGGGGAGCAGACCUCAAAUAUUGUUUGGUUGGAAAUGGACAACGAAUUGAGGCAGAAGUUGAGCGGACAAACGAGGUCAUCGUUGGAACGGACCAACUGAUGGAGAUCUAACUUCUUUGCAGAAAAGGAGAAACAUCACUCUGUUGACCUGAGAGCAGCAAAGCUGAUAGAAUAACUGGUCCUCUAGCUGACCUAUCAGAAGCCUGGAAGCUGUUGGAUGGUCCAACAAUUUUUGGGGCUUUUUGUUUUUACAAUAAGUCUGAAUAAAGACAAGUUGACUUCA